AUGCUCCGUCGAAAGCCAACGGCAAUUGCCAUCACUUCUGAGGAUCUUGCUGCUUUUGAAGAGGCCAGGCUACGCAAGCUAUCCGAAGAAAACAAGCAUGCAGAACAACACUCCAAAGGAACCUCAAGUGUCAACUUUGACCCCAGCGAUGAAUUGAAACCACUUCCAGGUGACAAAGCUAGGAUUGUGCGGUCUCGUGAGGAACGGAUAGGCAUCAAUCGACGUGCUUGA